AUGGGAACUUCACCAAGUAAAUUUCAACACUUCUCAUCAGCUAGUAAGAACUAUCCUGUUCUAGCCACGAGUGUAUCUGGUGAUGAGAAUCUGCCUGUGUUUAUGCAGCAAGUUCAAGCUAUUGAGAAAGAAUGUAUUAAAUUACCUAAUCCAGGUCUUUAUGAAAAUGCACCCAAUGAGCUGAAGCCACCUGUAAGUCCCGAUGCUUUUGAUGGGUUUCGCUUUGAUUUUACACGUAUCCUCGGUGCUCGUUGCUCGACAUCGCACUCGUUUUUGCUUGGUACACCCAUGAUUCCAGGUGGUCUAUAUCAAUUUGGUGCCAAUGUUGUAAUGGGAGAUCCUAUGGAUCCAUCUACGUUUCUUAUGAGUAAGAUCACACCAGACGGCUACCUAGAUGCCCGAUGGAAUCAAAAACUUUCAGACAAGUGGAAAAUGCGUGUAAAGUCACAACUUAAGAAUGAAGAACAUGGCUCUCAGGCGCUUGUUGACUUUGACUACGUUGGAGAAGGUUUUACGUGGAACAUGAAGAUUUCGAACGGCCCACUGCUUGGCGUUAGCUAUCUGCAGAGCAUCACUCAGCACCUUGCUCUAGGUGGUGAGGCUUAUUAUCACGGUAAGCAUCGGAAAGUCAUUUCGGCCUACGCUGGCAAGUGGAGUGAGCGCGACUGGGUUGGAAUGGCUACGUUCGGUGCCAUGGGCACAUUGCAGCUUGCAUACCUGCGCAAGGUGGGCCACCGAAUUCGUUACGGGUCGGAACUCGUGUACAACCACUCUUCAGGUGAGGCGCAGACAACGUGCGGAGUGGAGAUGGACCUAGGUCAGACACGGUUUGUAUCCAGUGUAGAUUCGAGCUUCCGAGUAGCGACGAGCAUCGAGGCGCGCGUGCUGCCAAACUUUGUGCUCUCGUUGUCGGCCGAGGCCUUUCCACUAAAGGACGAUUUCAAAUUUGGCUACGGUGCGCAGCUUUCAUUCUAG